AACAUGUCCGUGGCGAUUAUAGGAGGCGAGAGUUUCUGAAGGUCAGUUAAAAGUGUAAAACCAGGUGUUGUCUGCCUGGAUAGAAAUCCUGUAGAGUUUUGAUGCUGGUAUAUUCUAUUUAGCACUGUAUCGUAUUUACCUGCAAGUUUUAUUCAGUAGUUCUAUUAAUUUCUGAACAAUAAAUGCGGUUAUGGGGUUAUUUAGUUAUUGACGUCUAAUUCAGCAUGAUCAAAGAACGUCAUUUUACUGAAGAAUAAACCCUUCUGGAAUUCCCAACCGCUACGUUAAGGGCGGAACAGGGAUGCUCUCCGGGAAAAUUUGAAUUACUCUCCUAAAGGAGAGCAACAUGAAGAUUCAAAAUUCAUUUGGUCCUUAAAAGAGCUCAUUCUAAAACUGAGAGAUGAAUGUGAACUUACUUGUCUCUUAUGACAUCUAAUUAUAUAACAAAAAAAACUUUACGUUUGAAAGGCUUUUAGUUACGAAAAACUGCGCAAAAAUGAUACUAUUUUCCAUUACUAUACUUGUGAGUUUUUUAAUGUCAAAAAUUCAGCCGUGUGGCCUUUAUCCUCAAUAGCCGCCAUAAUUGUUUUCCAGUUGUCAAACAUGCGAAGUAAUCACGAGAUUUCUGAGGGAGCAUAACCGUGACUUCAGUAAUAAAUAAUAAAAUAAAUAGAUCUCUAUUAUCUGACGCUCGAGCACAAUUUUGGAAUAUACUGGAAAAUAGGGUAAUACGAUUUACGGAGAGUAUUUUUCUUCCAAUUGUUGCCUCCUCGCAGACCACUUGGCUAAUUUGCAUUAUAAUUUUGAAACCAAUAUGCCCGCCAACACGGCUGCUAUCGUGAAUAAGAUCUAUUGGAAUAUUUGUAUCCAACCAUGAUCAGCCUGGCUUGUAACACACUGAAAAGAUCCUCAUCAUACAAACUGAAUACGCCAGUCCCAAAGCAGCACGAUUGUUUUCUUGCUCUUUCCUUUAACCGCUUUCCAUCUUCAGUAAUUGAUAACUUCUGACCAAAGUCUCGCUAUGUAAUCAUCGAUUCAAUAACUGAACGUUAUUGCCUUUCAUGGAAGUCAUCAGGAAAUAGUCGCAUUUGGAUAUAACAUGAUGUUCAAAAUGACAACGAAAUACCAACCCAAGGAUUGUUUCAGAAAUUUACGUUAUAAUACGAGCGAAUGUUUUUUUUCUGUCAAAUGUCUUGAUCCAAUAAGGGCCAUCAAUAUGAUAAAUGUUUUCCUUUCACCAGACACCUGGUACCCGUGAUAUGAUUGUUUUGAAUCACUUCGCACAACAAGUCUUUGCUGUCACAUUCUAUCAUUACCUAUUCAAAGCAGUUACCUCAGAGAUUUUUGAUGUGCGAGAGGUAAAAGUGCAGUACUUCUGGCUUUGGAGAUUGAAUUUUCGUGAAAUCAAACUCUCGAGUGCACGAAAUAAAGCGAAUAAUGGAAGGACGUUUGCUCGUACCACUGGUGGUCUGCUUAUCACUGGGGGUGAUUUCCAUGGCAGGUACGUAGGGUAUCUUUUGUCAUGGCUUAUUUAUUUUUUGGUUUGUGUAGUAAAUUGAUCAGCGAACCAUGCAUUUCAAACGAAAGUAAAUUUACCUUCUUUUAUAAGUGAAACUACCUUUAUGAUUUACACCCCGGAUCGGCAACUGACCAGCAAUUAUCAAAAUAAAUGUUAGCAUUAUUGUGGUGCAUUGCGAUACCGUUCAGAAAAAACGACGCCCAGUACUGGGGCAUCUAAUAUUGCCGAUGUUACAAUUUGAAAUUCCACCCAUUCAGUUAUAUCUAACAGAAUAAUUCGCCAAAUCCAUCAACGUGUGCAUUUGGCUUUUGGCAGUAAUGCCAAAAUCAGUGAUUAAUGGUGACCGCUAACAUAUACGGCACCUGCUACUGUUCAUGUACACUGCAGUGAUUUUAAAGUGAGAAGAAUUUAUGGAUGCAUUCUAAAGGAUCCUUAAAGCAAAUGAAUCGAUGAACGCGCAUGGCUGGUAAUGAAUUUGAAGGUUCGUUUCUUUUCUUCGAACUCCGCCCUAACGGAGGCAGAAACAAUGACUUAUCGAUUAAAAUAACUCUUUAACUUGAGAAUAUACUGCACAUUUUAAAUUGCGCCCCUUUUCAAGUUGGGUGUGGGUAUCGGAGUUAUGGAGGCCUCAUAGCUUUACAGUCUGAGGUGGUCCAUUCUCUCUGUAUUGAAAGAUUAUAAGCGGAAGCAUGACAAUGCCACAUCUCGUUUUGUCUCAGAUCCACAGGCACAAUACAAGCUUCGCAGUCCACUUCAGUUUAAUGCACAAGCUCGCAACUUUGUCCCAAAUCGAUUUAGUCCUAAGAAAGCUCCACGGUACCCACCGGUUCCACCAGGCGCAGGAGGCCAGCUUCCAGGAGACAGCCGAAACUUUAUCCCAAACAGAUUCGACAUUCCAGCAAGUAAGUUACUAUAGCAACGCGGUCAAAUUAGGUAAACUUACGUCUGUCCUUCUAUGCUAUCCCCAUGUACCUGAUUUCUUUCAUCUUUGUCUUGCAGGUAUUAUUGAUAAAAAGCCAGGAUCUGUAGGAUGUGUUGGUGUUUCUCCCUGUGGACUGGCUACACCAUAUUCCCCACCAGCUCUCCCCAUUCCUCCUCCCGCCCCAGCAGCUUACGGUGGAUUUCCUCCAGCACCAGUUCCUUACGGUCCUCAGGGAUACCCUCAACCACCCCUAAUGGGGACCGAUGGCUUUGGUAUGCACUCUAUAAACUCCCUGGCUCAGAGUGCCGCAGAAGCAAAAGCUAAACUUCUUGCUGGAAUACAUCCUCCAAAAAAAUUUGUUCCGCAUAUUCCCCCGAUGGGAAGACUACAGCCGGGCAAGCCUCCUUACAAUCCGCCUCCACCUCUCCCUAAGCCACAAGCAGCAGGGUAUGCCCAAGCAGGACAACUGCCUUACCAACAGCCAUUCGGCUAUGGUCCACAAGGAAUGGUCCCUCCUCAAACGCCUGGCUUCCCCCCUCACCCACAAGGAAUGGUCCCUCAUCAAACGCCUGGCUUUGCCCCUCAACCAGCUGCCGGAAUACCCCAGCCAGGAGUGCCUCUAAUGCAAGCGGAUUUUGCUGAUCCCCAAGCUUUUACAGCACCGGAACCGUUGCCUCAGCAACAGACCGAUUUCCUCCCUCAGCAGCCAUCGCCCUUGGGACCUCAACAGCAGGAUGUACCUCAGACCAUCAACAGUAAUGCCCCUCAACCCCCCUUUCCACCAGAGAUGAAUCAAGCACCUGCUUAUAAUGACCCAGGCCAACCAAUGGCACCCGACGGUUCAUUUGAUUUGGCAAAGAAGAGGAUGAUGGCCUUGAAAUUCAAGGCUCAAGCAAAGAAAUUUGGAGUUCCAAGACCAGUACUAAAAUCAAGACUGAUGCCCAAGCCUCUGUUCAAAAGACAUGUCUAAUUUAAUUCCAUAAGAACGCAGAACACUCUUUGCCUGAGUAUUGCACCUUUAAGUUAUUAGAAGCAAAUUUUGUAAAUCGGGAAAAAAAAAACUCUGUCCGUUAAAUAUUUUCUACACUAAUACUAAUUGUAGAACACUGUUCAACUAAUUAAAUUGGCACAUAAAGCAUUGAAGUUUUCUCAAAAUACUUACAUAGUCCGACAACAAGUCAUGUGACCAAGCGAACGGACAACGAAACGGUCACUUGGCUAACUUCUGUGAUACAUAAUAAUACUCUCAGCCUAGUUUGAUGUGAAAUGUGUGAAGGCCAAUGAACAGAAGUGGACAGAUCCAAAGGAUUUAAAGGGUUAUAAUCAAUCUCCCUCUAGCUACGAGGUCCACUUUAAUUGAGUUUAAUAAAACAUGGUUUUUAAAGUUGA